AUGGAGCUGGAGCUAUGCAAGGGCAAGAAAAGCAAGGCAGAGUUUCAGGUGGCCAGCCGUGGGACCGGCAGCAAGGCAGAGUUUCAGGUGGCCGGCCGUGGAAACGGAGCUGAAGCAGACGCUCCGGAGGCCGGCCACAGGACCGGAGUCUCAGAAGCUGCAGGGGCCUUGGAGGAGGACGCCACCUCCGCUUCAGCUCUCAUCCGGGUCAACCUUGAGUGUAACCGACCUGUGGCGGAGCUCGCUGCCCUGACCCUGUGCGACCUAGGCACUAAGUUCUCUGGCCCCUCAGGGACUAGGCCAUUUCGAGUUUUUGCCCUCGGGGGUCGGGCUCUGGUUGCUCUUAUCUGCCCUUCUUUGACAGUCUUUUCAGAGACUGAUCAUAGCAUCAGCAACUUCUACUGCAGUCCUCAGAGCAGCAUCAUGAUGGAGAAGAUCUUGUUGGGAUUUUUGUUUCUUUUAGACUGCGUGGUCCUCUCCACCUGUGUCAUUCCUCAGUACUAUUUUGUUAAUCAGCCAUUGACUUGGAAUGAAGCUCAGAUCUACUGCAGACAGAAGCACACAGACCUGGCCACCAUCCUAAAUUCUAAGGAACUGAACCAACUUAUCAACAUUCUUACAUCUGCUGGACACAGCUCUGACGUCUGGAUUGGUCUGUUCAGUAAAAUCGACUGGAAAUGGUCUGAUGGUUACACUGGGAUUGGAGCUGACUACAGAAACUGGAGAGAAUAUCAACCAUCAUGGCAUUAUUCCGAUGACUUUUGUGUGGGAUCAUAUGCUUCUGGGAGUUGGUUUGAUGAUAACUGCACAGAAAAUCGACCAUUUUCGUGCUACACAGGUUCACGCUCGGACCCUGAUUAUGUUUAUGUGAAUACACCAAUGAAUUGGUUCAAUGCUCAGAUCCACUGCAGGGAAAACUUUAUUGACCUGGCCACCAUAAAAGAUGUCACACAGGACCAGCAGGUCCAGAGCCUGAUAGCUGAUGGUGACGAACCAUGGAUUGGUCUAUAUAGAGAUCCAGAUCAUCACUGGUCUGACCGGAGAAGCGUCCUCUUUACCAACUGGGAUUCUGGUGUUGUUCGCUUGAACUUGAGGACAGUCGUAUGUGGUGCUACAUCUACUGGGAGCUCAGGGAGAUGGAAGCUUUUACCCUGUGAAACAAGAUUACCAUUUGUCUGUUAUGAUAGUGUGGUAAAACAGGUAGUGAAGCUUAGAUUUCACUUCAAGCACCCGGUGGAUAUGGAGGACCCUGUUCUAAAAGGGAAAAUCCUGACAAAGCUCCAGAACAAACUUGCAGAGAACGGAGUGAGUGGAGUUACCCUGAAGUGGAGAAAGCAGUCUGAUGGGAGAGUCUUCAAAAAGGAGAAGAAAGAAUUAUAAACUAAGAAAUAUGAAACCUGUUUACUUUUUCCUCGGAUUAAAUAUACUUUUUGUCAUUCAGAAGUGCAGUAAUUGUGAAUAAUCUGCUUACUGCUAUGCAAUUAGAUUACUGUCUUAAAAUAUCCACACGAUAUGAAUACAACAUGUUGCUGUGUUGAUUUAGACUGUAUAUAUUUGGGAAAGCUUUCUUUUAUCAUGAUCUAUUGUCCUUUGGUUUUCUUUUUCUCGGUUUUUCUGUCAGUAAAGUUUUGCCAUAUUCAGUUCCUGAUUUUUUUCCCUUUUACCCUUUCAAUAAAGGGUCCAUUUCUUUAUGUUUACU